GAGAGUGGGAUGUGGGAGGAGAUAGUUUGCUAUGAAGCAGCAAGAGCAAGGUUUUUGGGACGAGACGACGGAAGCAGCGGCAGCAGCGGCGGUGACGUCGGCAGCAUGGGACACAGCUCGCGUGGAGAGUUCGAGGCCGCUGAGGAAUCACUUCUGCGCGAUCUCGAUGCACCAGGCUCCGUCGGUUCCUGCGGCAAUGGUUACCCUCAAGCACGAGGUAGCCCUCUGCCAGACCCAGCUUUUUUCCGUUGGCGAGAGAUGCUUCGGGGCAGACAAGCACCUGGUUAUGAUGCAACACCUCGGCAAGACAUCUGUCACGGCCAAGACCUGCUUGGCGGCGAUAACGCUGGGUGUACCGAUCUACAUUGUCCAGAGCGCAGCGAAGGCUGUGCGGUGGGCGCUGGGGAAGCACAAGGGCAAUGCGAGGUCGGAAGGUUGAGAGAAAUACAACUGCUGCAACGGUCACUUUUGAUGCUGCUGGAUGAAGCCAACGGGAAGAGGGAAGUGUUCGCCCAAGAGGAGCGGAGGCGAGACAGGUACACGGGCUUGGAGACUUGGAGAGGGAGGAAUACUCGGGAACGUGAGGAGCGCAGCGACGAGGGAGGCAUGAGUCGAUUGUUGCACGAGUUCGAAGACUGGUACUGCCGGAACAAGGCUGGGCACGUUACCGGCUUGAUACGGGAGACUUUGGAUGCGAUGACGCAUGACUCUUGCGGCGAUGCCGGCUUGUCAACACUGUCCGAGGAAGCCAAAACUCUCGUUGAGAACCCAUCGCUUGUGCUGACGGGGGAGAAUCCUCUCUGCACCUUUCCGGGACCGUUUGGUGACUGUGCUGGGCGGAAAGAUUGGCAACAUGCCAACGGGGUCCAAGCCUUGCGUAAUACUGCGUGUUUCGCUCUGGUUGAAGAGCUGCAGUGUCGCGCGCCUUCUUGCUGGCCCCAUGAUAGCGACUCCGCGCUAGGACACACAGCAGAGCUCUUCGCGCGACAACUGCGGACCACCUCCGUUCUUGCUGC